AUGAGUGCUGCCUUCGCAAGGAGUGCUGCUUUCGCAAAGAGUGUUGCCUUCGCAGGGAGUGCUGCAUCCGCAACGAGUGCUGCCUUCGCAAGGUGUGCUGCCUUCGCAAGGAGUGCUGCCUUUGCAAGGAGCGCUGCCAUCACAAGGAGUGCUGCCUUCGCUAGGAGUGCUGCCUUCGCAAGGAGGGCUGCCUUCGCAAAGAGGGAGUACUGCCUUUGCAACGAGUGCUGCCUUCCAAUGAGUGCUGCCUUUGCAAGGAUUGCUGCCUUCGCAAGGAGUGCUGCCUUCGCAAGGAGUGCUGCCUUUGCAAGGAUUCCUGCCUUCGCAAGGAGUGCUGCAUUCGCUAGGAGUGCUGCCUUUGCUAGGAGUGCUGCCAUCGCUAGGAGUGCUGCCUUCGCAGGGAGAGCUGCCUUCACAAGGAGUGCUGCCUCCACAAGGAGUGCUGCCUUCGCAAGGAGUUCUGCCUUCGCAAGGAGUGCAGCCUUCGCACGUAGUGCUGCCUUCCCACAGAGUGCUGCCUUUGCACAGAGAUCUGCAUUCGCAGGGUGUGUAGCCUUCGCAAGGUGUGCUGCCUUCGGUAGGAGUGCUGCCUUCAAAAGGAGUGCUGCCUUCGCAAGGAGUACUGCCUUCGAAAGGAGUGCUGCCUUCGCAAGGAGUGCUGCCUUCGCUAGGAGUGUUGUCUUCACAAGGAGGGCUGCCUCCGAAAGGAGGGCUGCCUUCGCAGGGAGUGCUGCCUUCGCAAGGGGUAAUGCAUUUUCAAGUACUGUUGCCUUCUCAGGGAGUACUGCCUUUGCAACGAGUGCUGCCUCCCAAUGA